GGCCCCAGAUGUGUUACCCUUUUGUGAUUCUAAGUAACCCAGCUCGCCCUCCUGUGGCAAACCUUGUAAUUAUCCGCACAGGAAGUUAUUUUACAAGUUUAAGGUCAAAGUCUUCUUUUAAAGCUGACAACAUGGCGGAUUCAAGAACAAUGAGCAUCGACUUAACUAGAGACAGUCCCACCGCUUCACAAAAAUCUCCCAAGGGCGAAGACGGCGGCUCGGGCCUGACCCUGCUCUCGUGGAACGUGGACGGCCUGGACACGGAGAACCUGAUUGAGCGCGCCAGAGGCUUUUGCUCCUACUUGGUGAUGUACACUCCCGAUGUGGUGUUGUUGCAGGAGCUCAUUCCACCCUACGUGCAGUAUUUGAAGAAACACGCUGUCAGCUACUUGAUCAUUCAAGGUUGCGAAGAAGGCUACUUCACCGGCAUGAUGCUAAAGAAGUCUUGCGUGAAGCUAGUGGAGAGUGAGAUCGUCACUUACCCGACUACGCGGAUGAAUCGUAACCUGCUCAUUGCAAACGUGACGCUGCGGGGCGCCAAGGUGCGUCUAAUGACGUCGCACUUGGAGAGCUGCAAGGACCACUCGGGCGAACGCAUGACGCAGUUGCGCGAGGUGAUGCGACGCAUGCAGGACGCGCCCGAUGACGUCAGUGUGGUGUUCGGCGGCGACACCAAUCUGCGAGACGCUGAAGCGGCAGCCGUGGGCCUCCCCCCCGCUGUCUGCGACGUGUGGGAACGUCUGGGGAGCCGCGAGCACGUCCGCUACACGUGGGACACCCGCGCUAACACCAACAAGAGCCACCGGUACACCAGCCGCUUCCGCUUCGACCGCCUGUACCUGCGGCCCGCCUCCGCCCCCAGAACGCCUCGCCUGGCCUCCGACAGCAUGGCUCUGGUGGGCUUGGAGAAGCUGGACUGUGGACGCUUCACCAGUGACCACUGGGGAAUCUACUGCAGCUUCACCACCACCCACUCAAGCGACGAAGCGUCUUAACUGCAUCCUUUUAUUCUUUGAUUCCAUUUUAUAAGGAAUAUGUAGUAUAUAAAUUCAACCACCAGGGGGUGUCAUAAGUAAAGUUUAUUUUUUCUGUCUUUUCCAUUUUAUUGGAUGGCUGGAUUUUUAAAUACAGUGUUCUCCUAAAAUUAUUGCAAAAUUAAAACUUUGUUU